AUCAAGAGCUCCAGGAGCCUCCACAUCAUGUGUCUGAUCCCAGUCUUCUGCUGGAUCACUGCUGCAGUUCUGGACCACAUGUUGACUACAGACCAGAGAAGAGAGCUGCCCCAGACCCUCACUGACAUGUACUCACACUUCCUGCUGGUCCAGACACAGAGGAAGAAGCAGAAGUAUGAAGAGGGACAUGAGACGAGUCCACAGCAGCUGACGGAGGCUGACAGGGAGCUUCUUCUGAAGCUGGGGAGGCUGGCGUUUGAACAUCUGAAGAAAGGAGACAUCAUGUUCUACCAAGAAGACCUGCAGCGCUGUGGCCUUGAUGUCACCGAGGCCUUGGUGCACUCAGGAGUUUGUACACAGAUCUUCAAAAGAGAGAGUGUGAUCUUCCAGAAAACAGUCUACUGCUUUGUUCAUCUGAGCAUUCAGGAGUUUCUGGCUGCAGUCUACAUGUUCCACUGUUACACCAACAGAGACACAGAGGUAGUGAAGAACUUCCUGCAGGGAGUCUGGCACUAUGAGAACAGUGAUAACAGUGAUCGGGAGUUCCCAUCCCUUGAUGCCUUCCUCAAGAGCACCAUGGAGAAAUCCCUCAGAAGUGAAAAUGGCCACCUGGACCUGUUUGUCCGCUUUCUCCACGGCCUCUCUCUGGAGUCCAACCAGAGACUGUUAGGAGGCCUGCUGGGUCGCACAGACAACAGUCCAGAAAUCCUCCAAACAGCCAUCAGCAACCUGAAGAAGAUGAGCAGUGAUGAAAUCUCUCCUGACAGGAGCAUCAACAUCUUCCACUGUCUGACAGAGAUGAAGGACAUCUCAGUACAUCAGGAGAUCACAGAGUUCCUGAAGUCAGAGAACAGAUCAGAGAAGGAACUCUCUGUGAUCCACUGCUCUGCUCUGGCCUACAUGCUGCAGAUGUCAGAGGAGGUUCUGGAUGAGUUGGACCUGGAUCAGUACAACACAUCAGAGGAGGGACGACGGAGACUGAUUCCAGCUGUGAGGAACUGCAGGAAGGCAAGUAAGCUUUCUGGCUGUGGACUCUCAGAGACUGAAUGUGAAGUCGUGGCCUCAGCUCUGAAGUCUGACCCCUCCCAUCUGAGAGAUCUGGACCUGAGUGACAACGAUCUGCAGGAUUCAGAAGUGGAGCUGCUGAGUUCUGGACUAAAGAGUCCAAACUGCAGACUGGAGACUCUCAGGUCAGUUCAAUAA